ACCUCCUCUACUGCACCACUACCACUUCUUAUCGUUAUCCUUUUAGUUUCCCAAAAUGCCCCCACAAAUUAACUGCAAAGACGCCUUGGGAGUGGCACCAUAACUGUAAUAACACAAGUAGAAUAUGCGUCUCUGGAAAUAGUACCCAGAUUGACCAAAACCCAGAUGGUGGACUCCUUCAUCAACGCCCUACUCUUUUGGAACCGCAGCUACAAGAUGAUGAUCACAUUCGUCAGGCCCGGAGAUCGUCAGAUUGGAAGGUUGCAAAGGAGCACAAAGAGAAUGGAGUGAUCCACAAUGGUAGGAUUGAAGGCUUUAAUGCCGGAGGCCUCCUUGUUCGCUUUUAUUCUAUUGUCGGCUUUCUCCCAUUCCCACAGCUCAGCCCAAUCCAUUCGUCCAAAGAACCACAGAAACCUAUCCAAGAUAUUGCUAAAGGUUUGCAUGGUUCAAUCAUAUCAGUGAAGGUCAUUCUAGCAGAUGAAGAUAAAAGAAAAUUGAUCUUCUCUGAGAAAGAAGCUUCUUGGUCCAAAUAUUCAGGGCAAGUCAAAGUAGGGGACAUUUUCGAAGCAAGAGUUGGCUCUGUCGAGGACUACGGUGCAUUCGUUCAUUUGCGCUUCCCCGACGGUCUUUAUCACCUUACCGGAUUAGUACACAUCUCAGAAGUAUCAUGGGAUCUAGUUCAAGAUGUAAGAGACAUCUUAAAAGAAGGUGAUCAAGUCAGGGUCAAAGUUAUUGGUGUUGAUAGAGAAAAAUCAAGGAUUACACUGUCAAUUAAACAGUUAGAAGAAGAUCCACUUCUAGAAACUCUGGACAAAGUAAUACCACAGGAUGGUAUAGCUGAUCCUGAUUCUUCUAGUGACAGUGAAAGUAGUACUAUUGAGCCUCUUCCGGGGCUUGAAGCUAUCCUUGAAGAGCUCAAACAGGAGGAUGGAAUUUAUGAAGCAAGAAUAAGCCGUCAAGGAUUUGAAAAACGGGUUGUCUCACAAGACUUGCAACUUUGGCUCUCUAAUGCACCUCCAGUAAAUCAAAGAUUUACCCUCCUUGCUAGGGCGGGAAGACAGGUUCAGGAGGUACAUUUGACAACGUCACUAGAUCAGGAAGGUAUCAAAAAGGCCUUACAACGAGUAUUAGAACGUGUCCCCUAAAUUGAUUUUGAGUCAUUGAGAAACUCCACAAUGAUUGUACAGUGAUUUGGCAUCAUAUAAUAUAUUGUAAAAAAAAAAAUAUAUUUUCUAGUUGGUGUUGUGACUUAACUCACAAAAAGGUUUCUUGCAGAGACACUCCAUAUAGUUCAGUUAUUCAAUCAUUCGAAAUUUUACCAAUUCAUUUACGAUAUAAUUGACUCAGUUGACAUCAGUAACAAAAAAUCUUCUUAUUCA